AUGGAUGAGACAGGUAUAUCGACAACCACCAAUAAGCCACCUAAAGUGCUAUUAACGAAAGGAAAGAAACAAGUUGGCAUAAUUGCCAGUGCAGAACAUGGUCAAUUAACUACGGUCAUCGGUUGCUGUAAUGCCGCUGGUUCGUUUCUCCCACCAUUCUUAAUUUUUGCCAGGAAGAAGAUGCAACCUAGAAUACUUGAUGGUGCACCACCUGGCACUCAAGAAACCUGUACUCCAAAUGGUUGGACUUCAGGAGAGGUAUUUCUUGAUUGGAUGCGUUUCUUCGUGGAACAUGUUCGGCCUACACCUGAGAAAAAGAUACUUCUACUAUUGGACAACCAUGAGAGCCAUAAGUAUUACCCAGCUUUGGCUUACGCUAGCAAGAACAACAUCGUAAUCUUAUUCUUGGCUCCACAUACAACGCAUAAGAUGCAGCCCAUGGAUGUAGCCGUUUACGGCCCAUUAAAAACAUAUUUUGAAAGGGAGGUAAAUGCUUUCUAA